AUGGGCAACUCGCAGACCAAGGAAUCGCGAUCAACAGCUCCGCUGCGUCGCCGAAGUCAUCAAUGGUCUCCAGGCGCUUCCGAUACUCCCGGGCGGGUGCCCUAUCAGACUGGUUCGCGGUCGACACGGGGCAGUAGACCCGACCUCUCUCUACUGGGCAUCGGGAGUAGUCACGAACGAGAUGUGGCAACGCUCGAGCAGCGGCGGGAAACGAAGCAGGAGCGAGAGGCGCGCCGCCUAGAAAAGGAACGGGCCGCCCGGCUCAAGGAGCGAGAGCGCAGUAUGAAAGAAGAGCACGUGGAUGGAGGCUACCUGGUAACACAAGGAGUGUAUGUGGGGACGGAGGACUUCAACAAAGCAGUGGUCCGGCAGUUGAUGAUUGAACGUCGACUGGCCCCAUUCUGGCGAGGUUUGAACGACUUCUCCGAAUCAUGGGCUGAGCAUCAACUUAUGGCAGCCGCCCGAGGCAUGACCAUCCCUCCACCGGAUGACAUCCCGCCCGAAUUAGAGUACAAGCUCCCCAAAACCAGCGAGCCCAACGAGCCAUCGGACGUGACCAACAUCCAGCAUCUCACGGUUCCGAUCACGUCGAGGUCGCACUCCUACAACUCUGAUGUAUCACAGUCCUCCAAUCCUGCCCAGUCAUUACCCAGCGCAACCUCCCCGGUCGCAUCCGGCACAUCAACCUCGGCACUCUUUCGGACAAGGGCGAAGACCUUGGCUGCUUUAACAACGUCCAAACAGGGUUCGCAGACCGAUUUAACUCCGCGGGAGUUGCACCUUCCCAAGGAUCCCUUUGUCAAUGGGCAACCGAUUGAGGUUUACCUAUACAAAGACUCCAGCGAAUGUCCCAUCUGCUUCCUUUACUACCCGCCAUACUUGAACCGUACCCGAUGCUGCGACCAGCCCAUCUGUUCUGAAUGCUUUGUUCAAAUCAAGCGCCCGGAUCCCCACCCUGCGGAGCACGGGGAGCCUGAUCCCAAUGCUCCGCCUCCAUCCGAGGGGGAGAAUGCCGAGUCUGCCGAAACACAGCUUACCUCUGAGCCUUCUGCUUGUCCCUUCUGCGUUCAGCCGGAGUUUGGAGUGAUAUAUGCCCCGCCGCCGUUCCGCCGUGGCCUGACUUACGUGGCUGACCCCAACACCCGUCCGUCCCCCAACAUCACGUCUCCUGUGUCGUCCACGUCCUCGUUGUCAUCGGGAAAUCUUCCUACCGCUCUGGGCCGCCGCCGGGCGACAUCGCUGUCCGCCAACGACCCUGCCGUGGUCACGACGGACAAGGUUCGACCGGAUUGGGCCCAGAAAUUGGCCAACGCCCGAGCUCAUGCGGCGCGUCGGUCUGCAGCCGCGACUGCUCUUCACACAGCAGCGUAUCUCAUGAACUCUGGCGCCUCUGGUAGUGACUCGCGUGGGUUUGGCUUGGGACGGAGAGGCAUGCGGAGAGCUACGGGAGACUCAGCGGGCCAGGCCGGCCAGGCCGGCCGGACCGGCUCUCCAGCCCUCAAUGCAUUGGCUUUUUUGACGGAGCGGGCAGACCGAACACCUCCACGUGCGCCGGGACCUGAUACCGACUCGGCUGAAGAAGGGACGGGCAAUUUAGCGCCGCCACGGGCUAGUUCCCGGCGCACCCGAAUCGAGGACUUGGAGGAAAUGAUGAUGAUGGAGGCUAUCCGUUUGAGUUUAGCCAGUGAAGAAGAGCGUCGAAAACGGGAGGAGAAAGAGGUUAAGAAGGAAGCCAGAAAAAGGGAGAAAGAGAGAGAGAAAGAGACCAAAAGGGCAGACAAGGUGGCGCGCAAGACGGGCUUGUAUAGCGGUAAUGCCAGCACCUCCGCUCUGGACGCCUCCAGUGAGCCCGUGCCGGGCAAGGUUACCAGCAGCUCAUCCUCCGUGAUCGGGGAGGAACCGUCUCUGGCAAGCAAAGGCAAGGAAGUUGUUCGUGCAUCCACAUCUCCUGCUGCCGAUCCGACACUGCCCGCCUCUUCGGGGAGUGCGAAUCCAGUGGAUGCAACCCUUGCCGUCCCAUCCGCCGACCCGUCCAGCGCUGCCGAACCGUCGCGACCAUCUCAUCUGCGACAUGUGUCGAGUGCAUCCUCUUUCUCGUCGGUCCCGGAAACCAAUGCGGAUGACCGUUCCGGGGAGCACGUCAGUGGUGAGGGAGGUACUGUCGAACCGAUGUUCAACUUCCGCAGUCUGGCCGCCAUCAUCGGUGACGAAGACAAGGGUGACGAAUCAGCCGAGCAUGUCGAGGACACCUCUGGCCAGCCUCGUGCGGAGGGCUCAUCGUCGAACGCAGCCCCGUCGGUCCACCAACCGCCGGUCGACGCCAUCAAAUCCGAAGCGGCGCCCGGUUUGGAACCUUCCGUGGCCCUGCAGGGUGACCACAGCACUUCGCCCAAGGAGCUUGAGACCCGCUCUGUCGAGAUCAUAGAUCCUACGCCACACCCCGAGGCUCCCUCGUGA